AUGGCUUCAAUCCCGGUAACCUGGAAAAAGGUCACUCUUACACCCGCAAUAAUGUACGGUGACCGCGCGCCACCAGAGAGUAGUCGGCUCGUUAUCCUCACCAAUACACAAUGCAAAGUGAGGGAAUUUAUCCUGAUGCAGCUCCCUGAAACGCUUACCUGCGACCGACAUCGCGCCACAUCUGACCACCUCGGCGUCACAAAAACGUCCGUUUCUGUGAACAGCUCAGCUCAAGCUGGAGCCGGCCAGCUGGUCCAGAACGCCAUAUUUUCGGAUCACGCAAAUGCCUCUAUUUGA